AUGCGUCGAACUAGUGAUGGUGGAGCCAUUCCAGAAUCAAAUGGUCUUAACGAGGACUCUGAUGCAAAAUUUGAAAGAAAAACACAGGAGGAUAUCGAGUUGGCGUUCAGCAAAAGCGACAAGGAUGACGAGAUUGGUGUUGCACCUCCAACGCCACACAAUGAGAAAACAGAAUUUCGAACUCUUCGCAUAGGAGAAUUAGCUGAGGAAUUCACAAGCAUCACGUUAACGCCACCUAAUACACCGGCUUCUGCGGCAUGCGUUGAUCAACGUUUUGCUAACACUAUCUACCCACUUACGACGAAACAAGAAGAACCUACCAUGAAAGCUUCACCAUCGUCUAUGUUCCCAUGGUUGAGUCCCGCCGUGAGACACAGCACGUUGAAUGCGUCCACUGACCAUCUAACCAUGGAUUUUACCCAACGAAACUGGCUCAAUUCUUCCGCAUUCGUCCUACCGAGGAAUCCAACGACGUCUUUUCUGACCAGUCCUAAACCUAAUUUCAACGUUAAUGACAAUAAGCCGGCCUCACAACACCAACUUUCUGUUCAUACUGCCCCACAGAACACCAGGAACUCUCAGGAAUGUCCAUCUCGUCCUGUUCGACGUUACGAAUACUGGGGUCGCCUCCUGAAAGCGAGACGUCGUCGUCCGUUUUGUCGAUUUUGCUAUGACCGUUAUGUGUAUAUGUGCUUGGACUUAUCUCGCUCGAUUCCAUCACCAAAGGAUCGUGGAAUCUGGCAUGAACAUAACAUGAAAGAACGCGGGUGUCCUCAUCUUUACGCAUAUAAGUGCACUCACUGUGGAGCCACCAAGCAUUCUGCACACACUGACGACUACUGCCCGAUUAACCGUGGAUGCCAGGGCAGGAAUGCUCUAAAUCCUGACAAUUAG